AUGAUAUCAGGUGUACACUGGGGUGAUUUCAGCAGUGAUGAACCGGAUGCUUUAUCUGCAUCAGCAAGGAGGGUGACAUUUAGAGCUGCACCUGGCAGGGAUCUGGCUCAAACCAAUGUACGACUUGGUGAUAUCGUGGUGAUGGCCGAAUUGACUACUGUCUCGUCAAGGGAAGAGGCGAUGUUCAGUGCUGGAGGAAUGGAGGCUGGAAAGAUGCUUCGAUCAGAGAAUUCGGACUUGGGAACAGUGUUCACUGGUAAAGGGAUGGGUGACAUUAAUGGUGUCCAUCUUGUGGAUAUCUAUGGAGAUUUCCGCGCCGACUGGCUCUGGCUCGACGACGAAGGCAAAGUGACCACAUACAUCAGGCUGGCCAAAGGACUAUGGUUACGAUAG